AUGGAGAACCCCCCUACGGAAGACGCGGUCACACUGCAGUACACAGGGCAGUACGCAAUGCACAAAAACGAAGUCGAAAACGAGCUCAAAAGGGAUAUCAAAAAUGUAGUGCAAAAUGAUGAGGAAGACAUAACCAACUUUAUAGUUAGCAAAAAAAUGAACUUGACAAAAGAGAAAAAUGAAAACGUAAAAAAUAUGAAAAAAUUAAUUUCAAAACAUCCAGACAUUUUUAUCAAGUCCUCCAUCCUGUCGAGGGAGUUCCAACAAAAUGUCCAGGACAUCCAAAUUGUUGUCGAUGAAUUGAGGAGUAAUUGCGAAAAAAUAGUGGCCUUGUUCGAGGAGGGUCAUCAUAAGAGCAGCUUGGAGGGCAUUAACCUUGCCAGUAGUCUACAUGACAGCACAAGGAGUGGCCUCCCUGCAGACAUGCUAAAAAUUCCUUUAAUAAUUCACCGGAGUAAUGAGAAGGGGGACGUGCACGAAAGCAUGAAGUAUUUACCCCUGUGUGGAAGAGUUAAAUCAUACCUGUGUGCAUUGUGCAACUGCGAAACGAAUGAGCGCAAUUUGGGGAACUACCUACGGAGUUAUAAAAAAAAACUCAACAAGGAAAUAAGGAAAACGAGGGAACUUAUCUCCCACUUGGUCAUGAAAUGUGAAGAUGUGGACACCUUGAAAGUAUACCUUCAAUAUCUGGCAAACAUACGAGAUUAUUUUUUGUUACCUCCAGGAGGAGUAACAACGAAUGAAAAGUUUUCUAGCGAAAUGAAAAAUGGUGAAAAUUGCCUGAACGGGUCAGGUGAAAAAUGGGAAAACAACAUGACCCGUUCAGGCAGUUUCUCUAAUUGCAAAGACGGGAGAAUGACGAACGAAGAGUACACGCGGCACACAUUCUUAACGCUCAAGCACUUUCGCAUACUUCAGUCGGUGAGGGAACAACUGGAGAAAAAAAUAAGCAAGCGAAGAACGAACAACUCGUUCAGUGCACAUGAAAUUGUCCAAAUAUUUUUGCAUGAAAUUGCAAACUUGAAAAACAGCUACGAGAGGCUGUUUCAUUCUGUGGACGCCAAUCUCUUUAGGCACGUGGUGUUUCUUUACUAUUUCGCGCUUUCCCUCGUGCAUAUAAAGAUUAAGCAGGGGAGUAGUGCCCCACUAGGGGGAGGCGCGAACAAGCUCGUUGCAGAGAAUCUGGAUGUAGUGAAGCACGACGCAAAGACUCGUGAGGGCAGUACACACCACACGAAUACAUACAGCCAGAAUUUGCUGAACAAACUCAACAGAGAGUACAUCGCAGGUGAAUUGGCAAACUGUACGAAUGAGGCGAACGUGUCUUCCAGACAGACCAACAUCGAAGAAGGGGAGCAAUCCCCCCUGCACCUUUUUUCCAACGAAAGGUACCCCUUUGUAAAUGUAAAUAGCGCCCUUUUCAACUACAUGUAUUACUGCGUUUUCUUCAAAUGUGAAAAGGAAGUUUGUUUCAAUCCAGGAGGGAGCGAACAUGAGGAGGAAAAAAUGCCCCAUUGUGGGAAAAAUCAGACGGCACCUCCCCAUACGAAAAAAAAAAUCAAUGCGAAAGAAAAGCCACACGAGUGUGCAAAUACGUCACAUAAAAAUCACUGCUCUUGGGUGAAUUCCUUAUACGAGGAGGGAAACACAAAAUGGAAACGAAAAAAAAAAAAUGAAAAGACAACAAAAAUGAAGCACAACAUGUUUACCCACUACAUAUCAAUACAGGCGUUGGUUCAGAAGGGAAGGAUAAAAGACUCAGUGCAAGAUUUGUUCCAGUGUCGAAAGAGUGGUGAACAAACUGCCUUCUCGGAGGAGAAUAAAAAGUCCAUUUUCAUAACGGGGUUAAACGCGCCUGUCCUUCUUGAUAGCAUUUUAAAUAAAAUUUUUAUGCUGUACGUUUACCAUUUUUUGGAGAAAACCAAUUUUCAUUUUUAUGAAAGCGUUUUAUUUUUUGAUGAAAGUGAGCAGGAGGAGUUUGCUCAGCCGGGGAAGAACAUCCUAUGGGUCUUGCGCGAGCACCUGCACAGUCGAAGGGGGGGUCCUGUUCAGCUGCAGCAGGACCCUGAAGGGAAUAACACGCUGAAGGACCGCCUGGGUGAAACCCGGGAACCCUCCCUGCAGUUCGCGCAACACACGCUGAAGCACGCCUUCCUAAACUCCUACUUCCUCAACCUCCUGUUCAUCCUAAAAAGCAUAAAGCACUACGUAGACAAGUCGAUAACCUACACGAUCAUAUUCCUGUUCGAGGACUCAUUCAAGAGGGUCAUAAAAAAAUUGGUGAUGAUUUAUUUGGGGAACCAAAAUAUGUACCUUAAGUAUUCUACUUUUCACUUAAUCAUGGAGUCACUUUUUAAGACCAUUUUCCCCUUCACCUUUUUGUUCCUCUCGCAUGUUUUCCAAGUGGACACCUCCAGUUCGACGGAGAGCAUCUUUAAUGUUCUGGACAGCUACGGAGUUGGAGCGUGA